UGUCACAGAGAGAACGGUUCCCUUAAAUGCAGCUGCAGUCCUUGUGUGUGGUACCUGUCAGAGCCAUUCCCAGUGCGAGGUUGGGUUUGUGACCAUCAUGUCAAGAUUUGUCUGUCUGCUUUUCUGUGGAUAUAUUGCACUAAACCUGGGAAAUACUCAGAAAUUGCCAAGAGUGAAAAGGCAGAGCCUGAAGGUUCAGAUCAAUGCCACAGAUGACACUGUUUGCAUGAGGUAUCUUCGACCAAGUCAAAGCACCAAACUAGAAGGUUUUGUCCUGGGUUAUGGAAGCAACUUCUUUUCUAAUCAGUACAUCCCUUUACCUUCUGAAGGAAAAAACUAUAUAACAGAACUUGAUGCAGAGCCGCGGUAUUUGGUUUCAGUAAGACCAGCACGCGUUUCAAAUAACAAGAAAUCUUGUUCAGGUCGGAACAAGACACAGAAGCCCCUGCAGCUGGUGGUUGGCACUCUCACCCCAACCUCUGUGUUCCUCUCCUGGGGCAUCCUGGUCAAUCCUCAGCAUGACUGGACAGCAACAAGUAACUGUGCUAGUGACAGCAGGUUCUAUACAGUUCGCUACAGAGAAAAAGGUAAAGACAAGAAAUGGGUUUUUCAGCUCUGCCCAGCUACAGAGACAGUGAUUGACAAUCUGAAGCCAAACACACCUUAUGAAUUUGGAGUUAAAGACAAUGCAGAGGAUAGUGUUUGGAGCAAGACUUUGAAUCAUAAAACAGUUCUCUCUGGUAAAAAAGUAAAUGGACAACUCCAGAAUAUGUAUAAGUUGGUACCCAAUUCCCAAACACAGAUUAUACUGAGUGAUAAUAAGAAAUUGGUCCCUGUCACAAUAAUCAAACAAAUUAUUCAAAAUCGGACACAGUCAAAAGCACCAGAUAGUUCCUCUCUCCCAGGAGCAAUAUUAGUGCACCUAAUUGUUCCAGGUCUCAAUGAAAGUCAGCAGAAACUUCCUCCUCUCCUGACAAUAGAUGACAUACCUCAAGCAUCCAGGAAAAAACUGGCUAAGAAUGAAACUGGAGUAUGGCCUGCUGAAUCCAAAACACCAGAAGUUCAAGAAAUCUCUGCACAGUCCCUUCCAGCUCAGCCUGAGAAAACACAUGGACCUGAAGACUUUAGAUCGACGCCUAAACCCAAAUUGGUGCAAACUCAAAAGAUCCCGGCUUCUAAUGAAAUACAGCUACCUCCUUCUGGAUCCAGAAUCCCUGAUGCUCCAAAAAGUCCAUUGACAGAACUUGCUACUCAGAGUCCAGUGUUGAAAUCCGUAUCUCUACCUUCUGCAGGAAAAAAAGAGAUGGAAAUGGCUUUUGAGGAAAAGCAGACUGUUUCUUCGGGAUCCAAACCAUCCAGUACCAUGGAAGUGCAACCAACCCGACCCGCUUCACAUGACUUUCUUCAUAUUAUUUCUACUCCCCAGACUUUUACAUCUUCAGAAAUACCAGACACUGAUGUAGGUGAAAGGGAACCUCUUUCUUCCGGAGUCACAACAUCUGGCAUGCCAGAAAUGCCACCGAUCUCAGCUGCAACCAAGAGACCAGACCUGGAAUGGACCCCGUCUGCUCCACGGGAAACCACAAGGAAGGCUGCUCGAAGACCGAGGCCGAAGUCCACCACUCCUUCCUCUCUGACAACUCAACCAACUGUGAUGGGCUCACAUGACUUUCUUCAUGUUACUUCUACUCCCCAAACUUCUACAUCUGGAAAAAUGUCAGAGCGAGAGACUGCUAUGCAGGAAUCAGGCCUGAAGAUCACUUCUCAUCCCUCCAUGGAAACCAGAGGGAGUGUGAUGGCUUUUGAUGACAAUCAGAACAUUUCUUCAAGACCUGAAAUGUCAGGCAUCCAAGAAAUACCAUCAGCUAUACCUGUUGCAAUGCUGCAGAGGAGUACAGUGAAAGCUCUCCCGAGACCAGUUCUGGAGCCCACAUCUUUUCCUUUCCUGAAAACCACGAGGACAGUGAUGGCAACCAAGAGACCAGACCUGGAAUGGACCCCGUCUGCUCCACGGGAAACCACAAGGAAGGCUGCUCGAAGACCGAGGCCGAAGUCCACCACUCCUUCCUCUCUGACAACUCAACCAACUGUGAUGGCUUCACUGGACUCUAAUCAUAUUAGUUUCCUGUCCCAAACUUCUGCAUCUGCAGAAAUACCAAAAACAGAGACUGUUACAAGUUCAGCUGACUUGGAAAAACCUAUGCCUCCAUUUUCCAGAACACCUCAUGUGCUAACAACAACUGCGGUUUUCAGUGGUAUUCAGCCUCUUCUUUCAAGUCCUGUGGCACCUAGUAAGCCUGAAAUAGCAGAAGCUGGACCAGCAGCUACAAGUGAAUCCAUUCUGGAAUCUUUCACACCUAAAACUUCCCGUCCUUUUCAAUGGCCAAGGGUAACAUUAGCUCCAAAAGAAAUACCACUUAUUCCUUCUAAACCGAAACCAUCUGCUACCCCAGAAGUACAACAUGUGAAACCGGCCCCUAAACCACCACUUUUGGACCCUAAAACUUCUGAGCCUGUUAAACGACCAAAAGCUACCCUAGCUCCUAAAGAAGCAAAGCUCACUACUUCUGCGUCUAAACCUAGACCAUCUGCCAGACCCAAAAAGCCACGAACUAAACCUGCAACCAUUCCAGUGUCAGGCACUUCUAGGAGUCCCUACACAUAUGAACGUCCAAAGACUGCAGAGGUCUUGGAACCUAUUACACUUAGAACUGAACCACCAAGGUCACCCAUAGCUUCAAGGGUGACUCCACGUGUUCCUUCUAAACCUAAAACUUCACCCAAGCCUCACGUUCCACAAGCCAAAGAUGUCCUGGAAUCUAUAACACUUAGAACUGAUCAACUAAAACCAACAAUAGUUCCUAGAGGACCACAGUAUUUUCCUUCCAAACCUAGAACAUCACCAAGCCCAGAGGUGCCACGAACAAGACCUGCUUCUAAAGAUAUAUAUCACAGGCCUUCCAAACCUAAAACAUCACCCAGUCCACGUGUUCCUCCAACCAGAGCAAGUCCCAAAGAAAGUUGGCGUGUCCCUUCCAGGCCCAGGGCAUCACCAAGUCCAGAUGUCCCAUACACAAAACCUGCUGUUAAAGAACCACAUCAUAUUCCUUUUAAACCUAGAGCAACUCCCAUCCCGGAUGCUCCAUACAGGAGGCCUGAGAUUCUUCCAACUUUUGAUGAACGAGAUACUACUAUGAUUCCUCGUAUUCCUGAAAGAACAAAGGCAAUAUUUGCUCCAACUGAAAAACCAUUCAUUCAUACCAAACGAAAAACAACUGAAAGACCAAGAGUGCCAUACACCAGACCUGCAAUAUAUCCGACAACUCCACAACCAAUUUUUACAAAAUCUUCUACCACCACUGGUCGAUCAAGGGCAACGAUGGCUCCAAAAGAAACACUGCUCAUUCCUUCCAAAUCCAAAACAUCUGUUGGGCCAGAAGUACCACAAACUAAACCUGUUCCCAAUGAAACAUACCACAUUUCACCCAGGCCCAAAAUUGGACAAGCAACUGAAAUUCCUUGGUUUGAUACAGCACCUCAUAAAACUCGUCUCACUUCUGCAAGACCGCAGCCUACGGAUAAACCACAGACCAGACCUGCUUUUAGUAGAACCACACUACCGCCACUCCGAACAAGAGCACCUGGACUGCCAAAGUGGAUUAUGCCAACAGCAGAUGACUUUUAUACACCUGAGGCUACUGCCAGACCAAUUGACAUAGAUGUCAAAAGACCUCCAGAAUAUGUUGACACCUGGCAAAGGCCAAUUCCUGUGACUCUACCACCUGGCCCUCAGCACCCUCCUAUUCCUCCUGCCAGACCUACACCAAUGAGAAGGAAACCUCUGCCUCCUAACACCGUCACUGGUAAACCAGGCAGUCCAGCUAAGCCUGCUGGACCAACACCACCUGUGAGGACAGGAACAUUAUAUAAGACACCAACAGCUUUUGCAACUCCAGAGUACUAUGUUGAUGCAACAGUCUUCAGCUCAAGUCCUACAUCAGAAACGGAUUCUUCAGGAAAACCAAGGUACCAAGCUCCCCAUGUCAAGUACAUGAAGAAAGAUGAUGAUGUGCCUUGCUCCAUCACAAGCUCUCUUGAGCAUUUUCCCCAAGAAGAAGUUGGCAGCAAGGAAGAACCCACUCGUCCUCCCCAGAAUCCUCCAACCAACCUCACGGUGGUGACUGUAGAGGGCUGUCCAUCCUUUGUCAUAUUGGAUUGGGAAAAACCAGAUAAUGACACCGUUACCGAAUAUGAGGUUGUGUCAACUGAAAAUGGAGGAAGUGAUGGUGAAAAGGAGAAAUCAAUUAUCACUACAAAUCAAACCCAUUCUACUGUGGAAAACCUAAAACCUGACACAAGUUAUGAAUUCCACGUGAAACCCAGGAACCCCCUUGGUGAAGGUCCAAGUAGCAAUGUUGUGUCAUUCAGUACUGAAUCAGCGGACCCAAGAGUGAGUGAGCCAAUUUCAAUGGGGAAAGAUGCAAUCUGGACUGAAAUCCCAUUCAAUUCAGACUCAUACUCAGAAUGCAAAGGCAAACAAUAUGUAAAGAGGACUUGGUAUAAGAAGUUUGUGGGUGUGCAGCUGUGCAAUUCUUUGAGAUACAAGAUAUACCUCAGUGAUUCACUUACAGGAAAAUUUUAUAACAUAGGAGACCAGAGGGGCCAUGGAGAAGAUCACUGCCAAUUUGUAGACUCAUUCUUAGAUGGAAGGACAGGACAGCAAGAAGAUCUGCCAGUCAAAGAUGGGUUUUUCAGGGCAGUUCGUCAGGAACCCGUCAAAUUUGGGAAGAUAGGCGGGGAGACCCAGAUCAACUACGUGCGCUGGUACGAGUGUGGCACAUCGAUACCUGGCAAGUGGUGAUGCCACACACAGAGGGUGCCAAGGCCCCGCUGCCCAGCGCAGGCUGCAGGAAGGCAACGCUCACAGGGCUGGCCGAUGUGCAAGGCUUGUACCAGUCUAAUGCCAAUACUGCGUUAACUGUGUAAUAGUGUAGGCUGCUUACUGUAGUUAUCCAGUGUUACAAAUUUGAUUUUAGAAUUAAAAAAAAAAAACAACACAGGCUAGGGACAUGUUGUAGGAUAAUGCAUAGGGAAGCUGGCUCCCUAUUCUUGAGGUAUGGUUUAUAUGGUAUUUUAAAAGAUACAGUGUGUAUAUUAUUUAUCACGAUGUUGUAAUAAAUGUUUAAGGCACAGAUAUGCCAGAGUUGGUCAUGGAAUGCAAUGUGCGUUAGUUUUAAAUAUUCACAUGGUCCUGUAAUGCAAGUGCCAUAAGCUACCCAUCCUAAUCCAUCUGUAACAUCUCCCAGUCAUAAAUUAUAGAAAAGAUCCUAUAAUUUUUAAUAUCCUGCAGCCAGUAAACUUGAAGCACUUUCUCCUUACACCUUCAAACAGUUUAUGCUCCUGCCAAAAUGCCAGGUAGGUCGCUGUAUGUGCAGCUUUAAAUGAUAAAGUUCAGUGGAGUUUUCUUCCAUGUUUGUUUUCAAGUGUUUCAGCCCCAGCCAAAGCCGUGUUCAGCCUGUCACCAUGGAGUCAGAGCCUGGCAGGGAGGGCUGGUGUUCUCUAAUUGAAGUGGACAGGUACAUAUGUACAUGGAAAGAAAAAACAAAGCUGGCCUCCACAGCUGGGGUUUUUCAGGAAAAUGUCAUUUUCAGAGCCUGACACUUACUGGUUCAAAAGCCAAAUGUAUGUACUGCGCAAGGGGACUUGAAAAGACAAAUGAAAGAGGAAGAAGAAUAAACUAGUUAUAACAGCAUGAUCAGGUUUAUUUUAUUUAAAAAGAAAAAUUCUGGUUUAAAACAGUUUUCAUUGGGGACAAAGGGGAAAUACUGAUAACUGAACUUUAAAACUGCUUUACAGUUAUUUUGAUUAAAACCUCUCCCAAAGCUACUUGUUGUACUGCUUGAACAUUUAUUAACUAAAUAAAGAGAUGUAGGUUUUUUUUAAAGGUGUUAUUCAUUACCUUACUAAUGUAUUGAAGAAAUAUGAACCGGAACUACCAGAUCUAUAUAGUAGUCAUUUAUAGAAAAUGCCUUAUAAAGUACAUUGCAGGUACACUGUACUCCUAAUAAAAUAUUUUUUAAUCAA